AUGGAAAAUCCAAAAUUAUUCUACAGCUACAUAAGAAGCAGCACACGAAAGAGAGAUCCAAUCCCCCUCCUGAAGACAAGCGGAGACGUAGAGAUUAGUGAGGAUGGAGAAAAAGCUGAGCACUUUUCACAAUUUUUCAAAUCCAUCUUUACUAGUGAAAGUUCAUUUACUCCUCUCGACUACGACUUCGAUGAGGGUCCAAAAAUUGAGUCUGUAUCUUUUGAUGAAGCGACGGUUCGCAAAGAGCUAAUGACGCUAAAUGAGUCGAAAUCACCAGGUCCAGACGACAUACCGCCUAAGUUACUUAAGGAGCUCGCUGCCGAACUAGCCAAACCAUUGUCCAUACUUUUCCAAGCCUCGUUCGAAGCCAACUGCUUGCCCGCCGACUGGAAAUCUGGGCGGAUCACACCACUGUAUAAAGGAGGCAGCAAGGCCUCUGCAAACAAUUAUAGGCCAAUUAGCCUCACCUCCAUCUGCUGCAAACUCAUGGAGAAAAUAAUCAAGCGAGAGCUGAUGCGCUUCCUAGAGCAGCAUAAUUUAUUAUCUGAUGCGCAGCAUGGGUUUCGUAGUGGCAGGUCUUGCGUGACUAACUUGCUCAACGGUUUGGAACGUUGGACUCGGUCAGUUGAUGAAGGCAAUGCGCUGCAUGUAGUCUAUAUCGACUUUAAAAAGGCAUUUGAUAGUGUCCCACAUCAGCGACUCCUGCACAAACUGAGCCGAACAGGCGUUAGGGGUAACCUCUUAAAAUGGAUUCAAAGCUUCCUAUUAGACCGUUUUCAAACUGUCCAUGUCGGUGGCCAGAAGUCGACGGAAGUUGCCGUUGAAAGCGGUGUUCCCCAAGGCUCAGUUCUUGGUCAUACUUUGUUCAUCAUUAACGUCAACGAUUGCGUGAGUGGACUGGAUUGUGGUGUCGCCAUGUUUGCGGAUGACAUUAAGCUCUGGAGCGUCAUUCGAACUGCAGAUGACGAAGAGCAUCUGCAAGCGAACCUAAACCGACUCCAACAGUGGUCAAAGGUCUGGCUUAUGCCGUUCAACGAGAAAAAGUGCAAUAUCCUACGAGUCGGCAGAGCUUGCUCUCCGAACCAUAUGGCCUACUGCCUAAACGGUAUACCACUGCAAGAAGUGGACUCGCAGAAAGACUUGGGAGUAUGGAUUACGACCUCGCUCAAACCCUCGCUGCACUGCACGAAGAUAGCCAAGUCUGCAAUGUCAGUCCUCUACCUUGUCAAGCGGGCUUUCUCUGCCUUUGAUGAAGACUGCUUCGCUAAAGUCUUUCGAACUUUUUGCGUCCGCAACUAG